AUGAACACUUCAUUGCAGAAACAGCGUUACACGUCUCUUGAUGGUCAGCGACAGUGUGAUUCAGUGCAUCCUCAGCAAGUCUGCAACGACACCAAGCUGUGCAGUGUGAUUGACACGCUGGUGGAAAGGGAGGCCAUCCAGAGGGACCUUGACAGACUUCAGAGGUGGGCCUGUGCAAACUUCACGAAGUUGAGUGAGGCCAAGUGCAAUGUCCUGCACAUGGAAGAGAGGAAAGAGAAGCCUUCUGUGGUACAGCGUAUGAAGUUUGUCAGGAAGACCCCGUUUUCGCGGAGUGAUUUUGCAGAAUAUCCAAAGAGCUCUUUAAGGCUGCUAUUACAGAUCCGCUCUUACGAGGCCAAAAUACUGUUCGUGAAGAACGGCAAAUAUAAGCCUGGUGUGUAUGAAGAUCCGAAACCCCAUGAUUACACGCAGUAUGAAGCUGGUUUACCAAAACUUGUGACAAGUUACUCCACAGAUCCUUUAAAACUGAAGUUAAAAUUACAGCAUUUAAACACAGAGGCUCACACUGCAUUCUUGGAUCGAGUGGAGGAAAAGCUGUACCGGAUGCAGCAGGGAGAGGCAGGCAGAGGUGAACCCCAGCCUAAACAGCAUGGUGCUGAGGAGAAAACAAUGCGAUAUGGACUCUGCACCAUCAUCCACACUGAUGUACCAACCUUCUGGUCCCAAGAAACUUCUUCAUCUGCUUAUGCUAUGGAAGAUACUUGUGGUCCUGAGCUGUGUCUUGUGUCUGUCCUGAGCAGCUGCUUUGCUCUUGACUCUGAUCACUACACGAUUGACUGCCGAAAGCUCAACACGGUCAGAUGGGAAAAAGGAGGCACAGAGCAGGUAAAUGAAUUGCCCCAAAAGCAUGAGAGAAGGGUUGCUCUGAGGCAAGCUCUCAUAGAAUUUAGAAAAACUAGCCGCCUGCAGCCAGGGACGCUGACUCUCUACACCGCCUCUGCCACGGCUCCGGGGCACAGAAAGGACAGCUGGCAGCAGCGGGGCGAGCUGCUGGGAAAUGCCUUCCUGCUUGUGAGAUACGCAGGUGGUGGGGCGGAGGUGCUCAACGCUGCUGCAAGCUCAGUAGCAACAGGAGACCAGAACUGGUUGGGCUGGGCUCUGAGCAACCUGAUCCAGUUGAAGAUGUCCCCCCUUGUUGCAAGAGGGUUGGGGAAAGAAUGUACCCAGGAUGAAAGCACAGCUGCAGCUAUCUUCACUGUUCAGCUGGAUGACUAUUUAGGAGGAAAGCCUGUGCAGAGUAGAGAAAUUCAAGGGUAUGAGUCUACUGAGUUUGUGAGCUACUUCAAAGGAGGAAUUAAAUACAAGGCAGGUGGUGUUGCCUCUGGAUUUAAUCAUGUUGUUACUAAUGAUCUGAGUGCUCAGAGGCUGCUGCAUAUCAAGGGCCGGAGAGUUGUAAGAGCCACAGAAGUCCCCCUGGCUUGGACCAGCUUCAACAGAGGAGAUUGUUUUAUUAUUGACCUCGGAACUGAAAUCUAUCAGUGGUGUGGCUCAUCAUGCAAUAAAUACGAGCGGCUGAAGGCUACUCAAGUUGCUGUUGGCAUUCGGGACAAUGAGCGAAAUGGAAGGUCUAAAUUAAUUACCGUGGAAGAAGGGAGUGAACCAGACCAGCUCAUAGAGGUUUUAGGGAGCAAGCCAGAGCUUCCCGAUUGUGAUGAUGAUGAUGAUGAGCUGGCCGAUAUUACGAACAGGAGAAACGCUAAACUGUAUAUGGUGUCAGAUGCAAGUGGAUCCAUGCAGGUGUCCGUGGUAGCAGAGGAAAACCCCUUCUCCAUGGCUAUGCUUUUGUCUGAGGAGUGCUUCAUUUUGGACAAUGGUGCUGCAAGGAAGAUCUUUGUGUGGAAAGGCAAAAAUGCUAACCCACAAGAGAGAAAAGCUGCUAUGAAGAAUGCUGAACAUUUCAUACAGCAGAUGAAUUAUCCUGCCAACACACAGAUUCAAGUGCUUCCCGAAGGAGGUGAAACACCAAUUUUCAAACAAUUUUUCAGAGACUGGAAGGAUAAAGAUCAAAGUGAUGGCUUUGGCAAAGUAUAUGUCACAGAGAGAGUGGCUAAAAUAGAGCAGAUUGAAUUUGAUGCUACCAAGUUACAUGAGUCUCCACAAAUGGCUGCCCAGCAUAACAUGGUAGAUGACGGUUCAGGGAAAGUGGAGAUCUGGCGUGUGGAAAGCAGCGGCAGAGUUCCUGUGGAACCCGAGACAUAUGGACAGUUCUACGGUGGUGACUGCUACAUUAUCCUCUACACUUACCCUAAAGGACAGAUCAUUUACACAUGGCAAGGAGCCCAUGCUACAAGAGAUGAACUGACUGCGUCUGCAUUUCUGACUGUUCAGCUGGAUCGGUUAUUGAAUGAUCAGGCUGUGCAGAUCCGAGUCAGCCAAGGCAAAGAGCCCACACAUUUACUGAGCUUGUUCAAAAACAAUCCGCUUACUGUCUACAAGGAUGGGACAUCCAAGAAGGAAGGUCAGAAACCUGCUCCUCCCAUGCGACUCUUCCAAAUCCGCAGGAACCUGUCAGCCAUUACCAGGAUUGCGGAGGUUGACGUUGACGCAAUGUCACUAAACUCUAACGAUGUCUUUGUUCUGAAACUGCCAAACAACUCUGGCUACACCUGGGUAGGAGAAGGAGCAAGCAAAGAAGAGGAACAAGGAGCCCAAUACAUUGCCAGUGUUCUUAAAUGCCAGACUGCCAAGAUUAAUGAAGGCCGGGAACCAGAGGAAUUCUGGAAAGCACUUGGAGGUAAAAAAAAAUACCAGACUUCAUCACAACUCUUGACAAAGGCUGAAGAUCACCCCCCUCGCCUGUACGGUUGUUCUAAUAAGACUGGCAGAUUUAUUAUUGAGGAGGUCCCAGGAGAAUUCACUCAGGAUGAUUUGGCUGAAGAUGAUGUCAUGUUGCUGGAUGCUUGGGAGCAGGUUUUUGUCUGGAUUGGGAAGGAUGCUAAUGAAACUGAGCGACAGGAAUCUGUUAAAUCUGCCAGGCGCUAUAUUGAAACGGAUCCUUCUGGCAGAGAUAAGGGGACCCCCAUUGUCAUCGUGAAGCAGGGGCACGAACCCCCGACAUUCACAGGCUGGUUCCUGGCUUGGGACUCCAACAAAUGGAAGAACUGAUCUAGCCAAGGAGGCUUCAGCUUCAAGCCAAAGAAUGAUCAGAGCCCAGCUAUUUUCUAGUAUUUUCUAGUAUUUUUAAGCAUAAGCUUAUGCGACAAUGUGAGGCAUCUGUUGUUGCACUUUCCCGAGCUUU